GGGAAGUGUGCACUUUCUCCCCGUUUUGGAACGAAGGUUAGCCACGCGAUUGGCAACCAAGAAAUCGCGACUUACUUGCGGUUUGUAUGGCGUGGGUUGAUCGUUUCAAUAUGUUCGGUAACCAUCUGGGCCGACAGAUGAUCGAGUGCAAACAAGUUGAACCUGGUUACUGAUAUUCAAACAUUGGCACGAAGUUGUUCAUUUCAGAAUUUGCUUGCACAGAUCCACAACAACCACAUAACUACCUCGUCAUGGGCAAGCCGUUCUUGACCGUGGAAGACUUGAAGAUGUCAUUCUCGCUCUUCUGCUGCGUGUAUGGCAUCGGGACCCUCGGCAUGCCGGGCAACUACGCCCGCGCCGGCUACUUCUGGGCCACGCUCGCGUUGGUGUUUAUGGCUGCAGUCAACACGUACGCCACCGUGUGCUUGUCCAAGGUCAUGCUUGAAGCCCCCAAGAACGUCCGCACCAUGGGCGACUUGGGCGAGUUCGUCCUCGGCUGCACCGGUCGCUGGCUCAUGACCAUCACGCAAAUCAUGACGUGCAUCCUCGUGCCGAUUGCGUUCCUUGUGUUGGGCGGCAUCAUGUGUACCAUCAUGUUCCCCGACUCGUACCACACGACCACAUGGAUCAUCAUCAUGGGGCUGUCGUUACUUCCCGUGACGUUGAUCCCGACGUUGAAGGAAGGUGCUGGCGCGGCGGCCGCCGGAGCGUUCGGCACUAUCGUCGCCGACGCCAUCGCCCUCUACCUCUUGGUGGACAACAUGCACGACCUCAACACUGCGGGUGUGGCCACCCCCAAGCCCGACCCUGGCUUCAAGCAGGUCGCCACGACCUUUGGCAACUUGGCCUUGGCCUACGGCGCCGGCAUUGUCAUCCCUGCCCUUCAACGCGACCACUCGGAUCCUACCCGCAUGCCCCGCAUCAUCUACGUGACACUUGGCGUGAUCUCCGUGUGCUUUAUGAUCGUCGCCAUCACCGGUGUGUCGGCCGUCGGGUGCCAAAUCCCGGGCAACUUGUUGUUUGCGAUCGCCGGCUCCAAGAACGGUUUCUUGGCAAACCGCGGCGGCGUCAUCCUCGCUAUGCUUGCCAUGCAAUUGCACGUGACCAUCGCGUUCGCGGUGAUCAUGACCCCUGGCUUUUACAUCUUGGAACGGGUGAUUUUCGGCCUCCACAAGCACAACUUUACGUUGGAAGCUGAGGUGGAAACCGGCUACGACAAGGCUGAAACCCCUGGUGCUGCUGCCAACAAGGACGCCGAACCCCUCGCGAUUGCCGGCGAAGUCGAAGCGCACGACCGCGACGCCGCCACGUACCGCCAACCUGGCGUGUACCCCAAAGUCGCCGCCCUGCGCGUGGUGAUCGUGGCCGCCGCCGUCGCCAUUGCCUGUGCAUGGGAAGAACGUCUCCUGGAUUUGCUCGACUUUACCGGGGCUUCGUGCAUCGCCGUAUCGUGUAUGAUCCUGCCAAUGGUGUUUUACCUCAAGCACUUUGGCAACCGCGUGUCUGUACCCGAACGAGUGUGGGCAUACUUUGCCAUCUUGGCCACGCUCUUCUUGGCAGUGUACGCGACCGUCUUAGCCGCGGACCCCCUGUUCAACCCCCCCACCGGCCCCGCUCCACAGCCCAAGUGGGACAACGUCAAGUUCAGCUUCUGCCCCGCGGGGUCGUACCAGCACAUCACGUUCACCAACGUGUCGUACCACAAGAACUUUACGUCGCCGUUGUAUUAAGCAACAGCAGCGCUAUUACAUACCACCCAAAUCUGUCCACGUAUGCGAGUAAUUGUAGUCGUAAAAUAUAAUGCAUCGAGAUAUUAUUCAAUGGGA